AUGUUCAAAUCUCCUUAUACAAUCGAUAUUCCUCUGAUCGAUGUCAAUACUUUCGUCUUUCAGUCUGGAAGUAGAGCAUCGCUUGAGGCACCUCAAUACUUCGACGCAGACACGCCAGCAAAAUGUUUUAGUCUGGCGCAGGGUGAAACCUAUUCUAAAAGGGUUGCUCUUGGGUUGCAAAGACUCGGGCUUCGAACAGAUGACCGUGUUCUACUGUACUCCAACAACCGACUCUUCUUUCCAGUUGCGAUCUGGGGAACAAUUGCCGCGGGAUGCAUUUUUACUGCAGCCUCUCCAACGGCAUCGUCGUCAGAAUUGGCAUACCAGUUACGAGAUUCUGGGGCAACAUUGCUACUCACUGGACCAGACAGGGUUGACGUCGCUCUCAGUGCUGCAGUCGAGGUAGGGCUGUCGCGGGAUAGGGUAUCAGUCUUCCAUGAUCCAGAUGAGGAUCUAUCGUCGUAUAAUCUUCACGACUUGAAGUCAUGGACAGAAAUCUGGACAUCUGAAGAAGCUGUCCGACAUUGGUCUUGGAAACGGCUCUCCACCCUCGAAGAAGCUGACAAAAAGACGGCAAUUAUCAACUAUUCCAGCGGAACCACUGGGUUGCCUAAAGGGGUGCAGAUCUCUCACUAUAAUCUUGUCUCCAACUCUGUGCAGCUUUUGUUCAAGAGAGCUUUGGUUGGAAGAACACCACAAGCACGUGCUCGCAAGGAACGACUCGAUGUCUCGGGUGAGCGAUGGCUGGCGCCUCUGCCUAUGUACCACGCUUAUGGUCAAACCUACUACUGUGUAAAUGCCGCAGUGCUAGGGGCAAAGGUGUUCAUCAUGUCAAAAUUCAACGUCACAAAAUACUUACAGUACCUCGACGCGUAUCGUAUCACAUUCAUGACAGGCGUGCCGACCGUCAUCGCAAUGCUGUGCAAGCAAGACGCUCCGGAAAGAUACAAUCUGAAGUCUCUCGAGCAAGUCGUCAGCGGCUCCGCACCUCUUGAUCCUAAACUAGGGAGGCUUCUAGCAAGAUUGUAUCUUCGACCAGGCGUACAGGUCAAGCAAGGCUGGGGAAUGACAGAAUGCACGUGUUCUGCAACGGGCUUCUCACCAGAUGAGGAAGAUGACGGACGUUCGAUUGGUUGGCUGAAUCCUAAUUGUGUUGCAAAAAUUGUCCCUGUGGAUGAGGAGUUGAGCAAAUCUGCUGUCAUGGAACAGCAGGCUGGAGAAAUAUGGUUAUCUGGACCAAACGUCAUGAAGGGAUAUUGGAAUAAGCCUGAGGCCACUGCAAACACGAUUGUCGACGAAGACGGCCACCGUUGGUUGAGGACUGGCGAUAUUGGAUACUGUGAUGAUCAAGGGAAAUUCUAUAUCGUGGACCGUCUAAAGGCAAGUCUUCAACCUAGGGAAUCGGCGAAAUUAUGCAUACCGUUCUUUAGCUUAUUGAUCCACCAGGAACUUAUCAAGAUCAAGGGCCUUCAAGUUUCGCCAACAGAGCUUGAGUUGACACUUCUCAAUCACCCUGAGGUGACAGACGCCGCUGUUGUGGGUGCUAAAAUAGACGGGGAGGAAUACGUUCGGGCUUUCGUUGUCCGCAAGAAUGAUACACUCACGGCAAAGGAACUGUUCGAGAUGAUCCAGCAGAAUUUCGCUCCCCACAAAUGGCUAACCGGAGGGAUCUACUUCAUUGACGAAAUUCCAAGAACAGGCAGUGGGAAGAUCAUGAGGCGAAAGCUACCUCAAAUGUCGUCGGCUCGUCCUUUGAAGUUGUGA